AAAUCAUCCGUCCAUCGCCCUGAUAAAUUGUCUCUGAUAUUCCCCCGCAAGUCCCCCAAGCCGUGGCACUCAAUGAUCGUCAAUGGCGUUCAGCAAAGCUUAGUCGAAUCGUGGAGUCUCGCUUCCGUGAAUAUCAUAGUCUAGAAGGUAAGGUAUCAGCGUAGCACCGCCACUCUGCACGACGCUACUUCUGCGGGCGAAAUGAAGAUUGACUCCACCGUCAUGGGUAAGGUAAGUCUUGGUAAAGUGGUACGCGUGAGCGCAACCCGGUUCCGUCAGGUGGGAGAAUGGCAUUGACUGAUUGAUUGAUGGGAACGUCCAUCAGUCGUCAAUCAAUGACUAUCAAUUGUCUAUCCGUGUCUAUAUCAGAUGAUGAAAUGUUUCUCUUUUCUUUUUUUUGGUUGAUCAGUGUCUUGGCGGUUGGCCGGAUUCACAGGACGGCCCAGAGUCUAGAUAUACACAGUACUUCUCCGUUCCACUUUGAUUUACGUGGAUCAAGGAAACAGUUCAACAGGAAUGAGCAAAUUAACCGCAAACAACGAUAUCCAUGGAACGUUGGGUUAGCUUGACGGGAAAUCAAGGUACGUACCUUUCGGCGAGCAGGGACCACCAACCUAGUACACUGGCCGUCAACUGCUCUAGUCGCCCUCUGCCUUGUUUUGCUAUCUGCCGAUCCCACUCUCUCAACCAAGCUCAACUUCUGACACGCUUCCGGGGUCACCCGCAAUUCUGGUCUGAGUUACUUAAUCGCGUAUAACUAUGAUAUUAUUACCCCGGCUGGCACCUCGGGGUAGCUCUCGCACAAGUACAGCUACGUAAUUUACUAUCCCCACAAUU